GGGGAAGGAAAGGCCUCACGUGAGGGAGGGAGGUCCCAAGGGAAGGGGGCGGCAAAUGGAGGCGAGCUCCAACCUCCCUGAAGAUCCGGGAACAUGCCCAAGGGAUCCCUCCCCGACGCGAGGGAACCGUCCUCUGCUGGUCACCGCCACCACCGGCUUGCCCCCGAGGGCAUCGGGCCUAACACCAGCCUGCAGAGUCUUGGUCUGCCCCAGCCGGAACCCGAGACGUUGUCAAGGCUCAAGAAACACCUAAGAUUCAUUCAGCCUUUCGGACUGAACGUCUGUGCUGCAGAAAUGAAGAAGAAUUCCUGGUCCGAUAGGGAGAGCCGAGGAAGAAGUGGUCACCGGCAGAGUUAUCCGCCCCCCCGGAAUAGAAGGCACCGCAGCAAUGACUCGAACGAAAGCAUCGAAACUCACGGCGCACAGAGUUCUGGCACCAACUGGACCGGAUCCACUUCCCUUUCCACCAGCUCUACUGAGAAUGCUCCCGCACCAGAGCUCCCAGGAUUCUACUUCGACCCCGCAAAGAACCGCUACUUCCGCCUCCUUCCCGGGCACAACAACUGCAACCCCCUGACCCGAGAGCGCAUUCUGCAGCAGGAGAUGGAGACCCGGAGACUGAAGCUCCUGGAGGAAGAGAACCAACCAAGGAAGAAAGCGUCCAGACCUGGCUUGAACCCGCCCCUCAUCCUGCGUCGGAGGCAGCUGGGUUUGCUCAGCUCCAGCACUUACUGCCGGAUGGUCCACGAGUUGCAGGCAAGCAGCAUGCAGAGGAGGAAGGUGGAAAUCCGGAGCCCCGACUCGUCCGUGGCCGGGACCAAUCAUUUCAAACUCAUCGUGGCCGACACCGCGCACGAGCGGAUAUUCGCCGUUAACGACGUGGAGCACGGAGGCUGCAAGUACGGGAUCGUCAACCUGCGGGGCCUGGCCGGGAAGACCCUCACCGUGGAGAUGUACGACAACCUCUACUUCACCAACCGCAAGGUGAACUCUGUCUGCUGGGCCUCACUGACUCACCCCGAUUCUCACGUUCUCCUCUGCCUCAUGGGCAUCGCAGAAUCCCCAGGCUGUGCCAGCCUGCUGCCAGCUUCCCUGUUCAGCAACUCCAAUCCAGGAGACCAGCCCGGGAUGCUGUGCAGCUUCAAGAUUUCCACCGCCUGGUCCUGUGCCUGGUGCCUCAAUCCCCAGGCCGCCAACCACUUCAGUACCGGCCUCUCCCGCCGGGUCCUCGUGACCAACGCCAAUACCGGACACCGGGAGACCUUCAACACCGCCAGCGACGUCCUGGCCCAGCAGUUUGCCAUCCAGGCGCCGGUGCUGUACAACGGGUGCCGCUCCGGGGAGAUCUUCGCCAUCGACCUACGCCAGCGCGGCCGCCAGCAGAGCCGGGCCUGGAAGGGCUCCCGCCUGCUCCACCAGUCGGCCAUCACCGCCAUCCGCCUCCUCCACCACGACCGCCACCUCGCCGCCGCGGACAUGGCGGGGCAGAUCCGCCUCUGGGACCUGAGGAACUCCAGAUGCGUGAUGGAGUACGAGGGACACAACAACCAGUACGCCCACCUGCCCUUGCACGUGCAUGAGGAAGAAGGGCUCCUGCUUGCAGCGGGCCAGGAUUGCUACACGAGGCUCUGGAGCCUCAGAGACGGGCACCUCAUCCGGACCAUCCCCUCCCCACACCCGGUGGCCAAGGAGGCCAUCCCCAGCGUGGUCUUCUCCUCCCGAUUAGGGGGGCCCCGGGGAGUCCCCGGCCUGCUCAUGGCCGUCCGCCAGGACCUCUACCAUUACUCCUACAACUCGGACCUUUAAGGGCCUCCCCGGCAGGAAGGGUGAGGCCCCGGGGAGGCGGGGGGUGGGGGGGACCAGGUUCUGCGAGGGUCCGCCCCCACCCCCUCCCUCAGGCACCCCUCUCGGCGCCCACCCUGGCGUCCGGGAGAGGUCGGAGGGGUCUGAAGGGACCGGGCACCGUGGGAGAAAGCAUCCAGACGUGACGUGGACUUCUGUCGUCGAUUCCGGCCAGCGGAAGAAAUCCCCUCGAGAAAGGGCCCCGUCGGGGCUCUCAGACGAUCGUGUCACCGGUGAGCCCCGGGGGUCCCCCUUCCUCCCCGCUUUUUAACGGGAAGCCCUCGGUCCGGAGGGGUCUGGUGGUGACGGGGCGAGGGUCUCAACGGGCCUCAGACCUAAAGUUCUCCGGGCGUUAGACGUUCUUAACAGGUAGCAGCCGGGCCACUCUGACUUAAAAAUGUCCCCCGUUUCACCUUCCGAAAGCGUUGGCUGAAGCAGCCCCGAAGAACGGAGAGUAGGAGCGUUUCAGUCGAGGCUGCUGUAGCGUGGCUUUCGCCCAAUGCAGUUCAAGCUUAGGUUUUCUGAGGGGGGUUUAACCCGAAGGGGCACCGAUUAUGAAAGGCCGGGGAAAUGGCUUUAGAAGUUCAUCGAAUAAAGGCAUCAUUUUAGCCACUGU